CCUGGCAACACAAUUUUGAUGAUAAUCUUUCUUAUUAGCGCAUCUAUAUAUUUUUCUGCGAAUCGUAUAUUCCCUUUGUGACUCAUAUCUCGUUAUUCAAAAAAUAAUGGGUAGUACAGUAACUCAAAAGUUACUAUUAGCACUAUCAAUUGUUCUUAUUCUCGUUGGAAUAUGUUUAACAUCUGCCGGAUGUUUUUCUCCAGCAUGGCAAGUUGUAGAUAUUCGUGAAUUCCGAGCAGAACAUCAACACGGUCUCUGGUGGGAUUGUAUUCGUGCCGAAAAGCAUGUGGUUUCAGUUGGGGAUUUUUAUGAUGAGACACCACUUCAUUGCAUGUACAAGUUUGACAACUCUGCCGAACUCGUCAUCCAAAAUACUCUCAACAACAUUGACGAAGAUGGAGCUGCUGGAGAAUCAGAACAUCACAGGUUCUGGGCUUGGCACAAAGCUAUUCUCUUCUUCAUUAUUACUUCCGAAUUCCUUGCAUUCAUCUCAAUUUGCUCUGGAGUAUGUGCUCCAUGUGUUCCAUCUACAGCUUUCGCUUUUUCAAUUUCACUUUUCAUUGCGAUGCUCUGCUCAUUAUUAGCUGACGGUAUCUUUUUCCUCGCCGCCAACAGAGUUGACAACAGAUUUGUCCAAGGAAUGGUCGGAACAUAUGAACAAAGAAUUGGAUAUGCUUUCUAUCUUCAUUUGAUGGGAACUCUUUGCUGGAUUGGAGCAUUCGUAUGCACUCUUCUUACAACAUACAAGUUUGUUACAGGAGACGAGGAAGAUGGAAGAAGAUACGAAGAUCGUCGUCAGCAGCAACAACAGUAUCAUCACAGCAGCAGAUCAACGUGGAUCAACUAAUUUUCAACUUCUUCAUCACUUUCUUUCUAUCCCUUUGUUUUGAGAGCACUCAUCCCUCUUCUAUUAAAAUGAGCUUCCAUACAGAAGAGAGGAGCCAUUGCUCCACGACAAAUUUGUAUCAUCACAACAAGCCGGCUAUCGGCCGAACCCACAGGUUCCAUACAGAACAACCAGUAUAACCCAAUAUCGUGAGACCAGUGCCUAAGAUUUUGUUCCAUAUUUCACUUAUUGUUAACUCUUGCAUUUUCGCUCAUCCUUCCCACUUCCAACCCAUUUUCCACGUAUCUCAUCUCAUUUUUUCAUUUCAUAAUAUGUUAUUUUGUUCACUCUGACAUUAUUUUCUUUCUCCGUUUCUGUGCUAUAUGAUGUUAUGAAUAAAUGCUUCUGAAUGAUAUU